UAUCCAAUUUCAAUCUCACUGAAGUCAGAGUAAUUUGCUUGAAGGAAACUUCGGAUUAUUCAACCGAAGAUGAGUUUCAUCGCAUGUUCAACUCACAUCAUCAAUGUUUCAAAGACAGAAAAAACAAAGUACCUCUCCGUUUAGAGAUUUUAAUAUUAAAUCAUUUGAUGUCAGACAAAAUUCACAAAUUGCAAGCCGAUAUCCAUCAUGUCAAAGAUGCACUUCGAAGCUUUCUCGUUGAUAAAUUGAAUGUGUCGUUUUUAAGAAUAAACUGGAUCAAGUUGAACUUUUUGGACUCACAUAUCGUGGCAAAGGCUGAAAUUCUUGAUUCAUUUGUUACCUACUUUGAAUCAAAGAAAGGAGUUUCACAUAAAUUCAACAUCAAAUCAACUGAAUCUGGUCAAAUUCAUACAUCAACCAUUGAUGAAUGUUUACGUCUUCAAGCUUUUAAAGCCAAUCUGAGUUAUGUUAUAACUUGUGGAACUGGUCAUUAUUUAUGCCUUGGAAUCGUUAACGGAGAUUCAUUACCAGAUGAAAAUGAAAAUGGCUUAAACUGUAAGCUGUACAACAAUUCAGAUCAUAGUUUAACUAAACUAUUGGCAGAAGUUCCUUUGGAAGUAAUUGAAAAAUCUUAUUCCAAUUUGAAUGGAAGUCGAUUUAACUAUUCUGAUAUCGAAUUUGCUGUCGUUGACGUUAAAAUUGGAGAUGAUAUACGCUUUGAUAGUCCAGAAAAGACGAAAUCAAGCUCAACGUUCACAUUUUUCUUCAUAAUUUCCAUAUUGAUCAAUAUUAUGAUGUUUGUCAAGUUUGCAUCAGACUAUAAACUGUCUCAAAACCGAACUAAUCCUCUUCGUGAUUACGUUUCGCUUAAAUUAUUAAAAUCAAGCAUCUGAUUCCUAAUAAAAUUGCAAUAAAAAAAUC